AUGAACUAUCCUUUACAGAAGCGGAGGGGUGGAAGGAUCGUGAAGUCUCGUUACCUGCAGUACGAUAAGAAGGAAACCAAAAAGGAUAGUUCAGCAAAUUCUUUUACAACUCCUACUGCCAAACCAUUUGAAAAAGGAGAGAGCCUACCAAGCAGAUCAGUUCUUCCUCAGAAAUGCAAAACUUCUGCUGGUGCUGUCCCUUGCUCAUUAAAUCAGAGCAGUUUUGAGAAAGGUGACUUACAGUCCACUUUAUUAGAUGAAGAUAAAACUACUCGACCUGACCUUGAUCUUUCAGCCAUUAAUGAAAAGAGUCUUCUUAAGAAGACUUCUAGUUCAAAGACCGUUUGCAAAACGGGUACAAGGACAAGUGGAAAAAAGCAGAAUGCGAAAUCUGAUUCUGAUGUUCUGAAGGAAUUGUUGGCAUCUCAGACACUGCUUUUAACUUACCUAAGAGUGAAGGCAGGAAAAAAUCUUGCCCAGCUGGAGGAAAAAGCAGAAGAAAACUUGCUAAUGUUGUGUGAAGAAAAGGAGAGGCAACAGGAGAAGCUCUGUGAGUUGAAGCGUGAGUUCCUGCUCAAAGAGAGAGAGCAGGAACUGGAAGAUGUGUUAGACAAACAGAUGGAAGUACUUGCUCCCCUUGUUCCUGUUUGUGAACAGUUUAAAGAGCAAUAUAAAAGCUUUGCAGCUUCCCUGGAUGCUACUAGACAUGAAUUACCUGUGAAGAAUAUACACAUAGAGGGAGAUACACUAACAUAUCUGGAUGAACUGCAAAAGCAUUUAACUGUCACACAGGAGCUUCUGGCAGAAGUUACGCCUAGCUGCUCAGAAGAAAAUGCAAAAGCACCCACUCUACUGAAGGAGCUUAAAGAAGUGUCUCAGGAACUGGAUAAAGAGCUUCAAAGGAGCUUCACGCAAGUGCAGAACCUGUCGUUUGAAGUCAGUAAAGAAGUUUCUCUGCAUAACCAAAGAAUAUGCGAAGAGAACCAUGGACUAGAUGCUGUGAAACGUUGGUACUUCAGCUAAAUUUUUACUGAUAGGUGGGAUCUAAUCAGUGCCAACAGACUUAUCUUUUUACUUCUUGUAUAAACCUACGACUUGUCCAACUUUUCAAUGAUACCAGAAUAUGAAACCUGCAACAUAUAUGACAAUAUAAGAUACAGAGUUCUCUUCUGUAAGGAAACAUCCUUUUUCAGAUGUGUGUUUCUCAUUUCCCUGUGGCACCUUCCUCCUCAUUUUCUCCCUGACAGCACUGAAAGGUAAACCAUAGGAAAUGCUAUUCUUAGGAAAUACUGCAUCUUGUAUGUGGCUUCAAGUGCACUGACUUGCAUCUCUUCCCAAAGUAGUGUCCCUUAAAGGGCAACCUAUCAGAAUAUAGAUACGGAAUUGUGCAUGUGAUACUGUGCAUUUGCUGAUCUAGUCAGGAGAUCUGUAGGACUAUACAGCAUGAAUAUUGAUGACUCAGUGAGCAGCUUCUGGAGGAACUGUAAUUGUCCCUUGUUUCUUGAUUUACCAAGAGGAAAAGGUACGUGAGUAGCUAAUAGCGAGGCUGAUGAAUGGGAGGAACCUGAUCACUUGCAACAGUGAAAAGUUGUGGUAUUUUGUUGCCUAAUUGUCUUGGAAACAAAUUAUUAAAAUCUGACAUGCUUUCGUAUUAACUUGACACGUUCUUUUUAAGGACUCUAUAUUUUCAUUUUAUAAUAAAAGUUGUCUUUUG